AUGAACGAAGCCGAUCACAUCCGUCAGGUAUUAAAUACCGACAUCCGAACUCCCAUUCCCCAGGCGGUCGUGACUAGGAUCACCUCCCUGCCACCAUUUAUCCCCAUACAAGGUGUCUCCAACUUUCGCGAUCUGAGCCAUGAUGGCAACCAGGUGCGCCCAGGAUUUAUAUAUAGGUCAGGAACUUUAUCCGACAUCUAUGGUACCGGGAAAUCCAUCAUUGCGGCCCAAUUGGGAAUCACUACAAUCUUCGACCUCCGGAAUGAAGGGGAGCGGCAAAAAGCUCCUUCGCCUUCUAUCACAGGAGUCAAGACGAUAUGGCUACCGUACGGAGCUCGACCGGCCACUUUGAAUCUUGGCGAUUUCACGGGCGCAGAUAAGGGCGCCGCAGGGUUCGUCAAGAUGUACUUGGGGAUCCUCGAAGCGGCUACCCCAUCUUUCAUCGAGAUAUUCAAGCAUAUCAGAGAUAAACCAAAUGAUCCGUUCAUCGUCCAUUGCUCAGCCGGUAAAGACCGCACAGGUGUAUUUUCAGCUCUCGUCCUCCUCUUGAUCGACCGACCCCAUGACGAGAUUGUUAAUGAUUACAUCCUCACUCGAGUCGGAUUGGAAAGCGCCCGGGAGAACCUCAUGGAGGCAUUCGCUGUAAACCUGGGAGCUGGUGGAGUCGACAUCAACCAGCUGAGCCCCGAAGCGCUGGGUAUGCUCGAACUGUGUGGUGUUCGCGCCACUUCCAUGGCAGCCUUUCUGGUAGCAUUCGAGAACUCUUGGAAGAAUGGCGUUGAGGGUUAUCUCAUUGAUGGACUUGGAUUCUCGCAGAGUGAUGUAUCGGUGAUGCGCAGGAACCUUACACAGCGGGUCACCUUCAGAUAA